AUGUCAUCUGAAACCCCAAUGGGUGAAACGCAAAAUGGGGAAGCGGUCGACGAUCUAGAUGGAACUCCCAAUAAUGGAAGCAUCGACAAAACAGAUGUCACGCAAGAUGAUAACGACUAUGAAGUCAGCGAGCAAGAUAAUAACGAUGAUGAAGUCAAUGAACAAGAUAAUUACGAUGGUGAAGUCAAUGAAAAAGAUGUUAACGAUGAAAAAGUCAAUAAACGAGAUGAUACUAAAGAAGAAGAAGAUGCAGAAUUAGACGAUUUAUUUGGAGAUGAUGACGACGACGACGACGACGAAGGAACGAAACCAGAAAAUAGUAUUAAUAGUGAAGAUAGUGACGACGAGGGCGUCGACCAUAGGAGUCGUCAUAGGGAAAGUCUUGGAUUGGAUGAUGACGAAGCAGAGGAGCAAGCCAUGUAUACACGAAAAUUUUAUGGUGAGGAUGCUAAUGACUAUUCUGAUCAAGAUGAGGCCGCUCAUACUUUCAAGGAGGAGAAUAUAGAGAUUGUCAGGCAUAUUAUACCAAAUAAAGCUAACGUUAAUGAGACAGCGUCUCAUAAUGAGAUCUUUUACGCCAGAAUUCCUAAUUUUCUGACGAUUGAUGCGGUUCCAUUCGACCCUCCAAGUUUUGAGGCCAAAGUUAACGAAAGAGCCAUAAAUUCGACCUCUAAGGAGGACCAAUUAGAUGACCGUCUGAUCGAUGAGAAUACCGUUAGGUGGAGAUAUUCUCGUGACAAGGACCAACAUGUCUUCAAAGAAUCAAAUACACAAAUUGUGCAGUGGUCAGAUGGCUCAUAUUCUCUAAAAGUUGGAGAAGAGUGUACAGAUAUAUUGGUCAAUGAUACAAGCAACACCUUUUUGACGGUAUCGCAUGAUCAACAAGAGUUGAUCCAAUGCUACGAAGGGGGCGAGAUCAAAAAGACAUUGAUGUUCAUUCCAACUUCUACUAAUUCCAAAAUACAUCAAAAACUAAGUAAAGCCGUUAUAAGAAGGAACCAAAGGCAAAACAAAGGCCCUGGUACAUACAUUGUUAAUAUGGAUCCUGAAGUAGAGAAGAAAGAAUUGGAAAAGAAACAAAGUCAAGUUCUAAGAGAUAGAAGGAGAAGACAGCUCAAGGAAAGAGAGAAACAAGAAUCUCCCGAUGCCGCAUUCGAAACCGGAUUUAGAAAACAAAGUUCUCCUACUUCUUAUGGAAUCUCCAGAAGGAAUGAGUACGAAGAAGAUGAUUUCUUAGUCGACGAUGAUGAAGAAGAGGAGGCUGGAUUUGAUGACGGUGAUGAUGAAGAGGAAGAGGAGGAAGAGGAAGAGGAGGAAGAAGCCGACCAAGAGAACGCAGCACGCUUAAGAAACUUGAAAAGAGAAGGUGCAGCAAUGUAUAAAGAAGAGGAAAAAGAUGAUGAUAGUAACGAGACGAAAAGGAGAAGGGUUGCCGUAAUUGAAGAUGAUGAAGACGAGGAGUAG